GCAGGUGUGGAAACGGCGACAACGCGGAAGUGAGCUGUUGUCAACAGAGAGACGAAACAGAGACGAGAGCCGCUGAAAACUGCGCUCCCCACUAAGAAAGAAAAUGGCUUGCGACACUGGAUUCUGUAAACACAUGCCUUACAUGUUCAUGAAAAUCUUCUUGUUCUUCUACUCCUGCAGCUUUUGGUUAUUAGGCAGCUGUAUCCUGGCCGUUGGCAUCUAUGCAGAGGUGGAGCGGCUGCGCUUUAAGACCCUGGAUGUGAUCUUUUUGGCCCCGUCUAUUAUCCUCAUCCUGCUGGGAAUUCUCAUGACCGUUGUUUCGCUUAUGGGAGUUUUGGGUACAUUGAGGGAUUACACGACUCUACUGAAGGUGUUCAAGUAUGCGCUGGUAGUUUGCCUGAUACUGGAGCUGAUGGGAGGAAUAUUGGCUCUGGCGUUUCGCAACAAGACUAAAGACUUGGUGAACAAGAACAUCAGAAAGGGCAUGGUGAACUACUACGAUGAUCUAGACUUCAAAAACAUCUUGGACUUUGUUCAGCAGGAGCUCGUUAGCAGGCUUCAUAUAGAGACGACACACUGAGGCCUUGGACACGUGUUGACAGAAACUUCACAUGCCAUUACCUAUGCGCAGGAUCAUUACCGGGCAGCAUUAUGGCGAGGUCUUGGGUGUCGGACUCUGUUGAUUUGCUUA